UGCGUAGCGUGUGGAUUUUUAAUUUCAAAAUUUUGACUUUAGCUAUUAGAAAAAUCCCACUUGAUGGCUUGACAACAUUAAUAUAAACAACUUUUCCAACCUAACAAACCUUAAAUUUAAUUAUUAACAGCCUGUAAAUCUCCUUCUUCAUCAAACUUAACGAGGCCUAGUAGACCAAAACCAGAGAGGUCAGGGCCCCAGAUAUCCAUGUCGACAACCAGAUUGAUCACCCCUCAAAGUUUGACCAAUUUACAAAUCAAGCCCUGUUCGAAGUCCGAAACUUUCAUCUGUAGUAGCAGUCCCGGAUUUCGUUUGGUGAUUUCGAAACAGAAUGAUCGAUCUUGUUUUGCCAAUGAUGGAGGGCUGAGGUAUCGCAGCGGUGGAAGGGGAUUGCGGAGGGGCAGAAAUGGAAGCAUGGACUUGGUUGUGUACAGCGAUGUCCAACCAGGAGGAGCUCCCCUUCCUUCCGACCCGUCUUCGAAUUCCUGCUUUCCCCUCUCCAACAUCAAUAAAUAUUUUCACUGGUAUUCUAGCAGGAAAGGUUGGAUUCUCGGAGCGCUAAUUACCAUCAUGCUACCCUUUCUGAGGAACAAAUGGGGGCCUUUAUUCAAAUUGACCAAGGACGUUGAAGCCGUGGCGGAGAGAGCAGAACAUGUAACAAAAGUGGUUGAGGAGGUAGCGGAGGAAGUGGACAAGGUGGCGAAGGAGGUGGCAGAUGAGCUCCCGAAAGGUGGAAAGCUAGAGAAGGCCAUUGAAUCUGUCGAAAAUGCAGCCGAGAAAGCGGAUAAGGCUGCCCAUUUAGCAGAUGAUCUCAUUGACAAGGUUGAGGAAGUAGACAAAGAGGUGGAGUCUUUAAUGGAACCAGUCAAUGAUCAAGCAAAGGAGACAGCAGCUAAAGAAGCAUCUGACCAAAAGUAACAUAGAAAAACAAUUUAAGGAUUCAUGGAAAAUAAAAGCCCACUUAGAGAAGGGAGUUUCUUACCAAUUUCAUUUCUACAGUAGAUGAGGAUUACAUGUUUUGAAUUUAUUUGCAAAUGCCAUUUCACUUUUGUUAUUAAGAGAUUUAUGGGGCCAUCUCUGUUUCAUUGUUGGAGCUAUGAGUUUUUAUUGUAUAUCCUCCAGAGAUGAUACAGAGAAGGUUAUGAGGUGUUUGACACUUAAUCUUCUAAAUAAGGGUAGAUUAAUGCUUUCAUUAUCUU